AUUUGUGGACAGGAGAGAGAGUGCAACAACUUUAACAACAUGCUGGAGCAGAUCAAGGUGCGCUGGGUGCAAGCCAGCAAGGUGCUGUUGAAAUUUUGUGCUAUUUCCGCAAGCGACAGUGACAUCCAGGACUUACGGUUCCGGUUUCAAAGCUGGCCAUACUGGCGGCCGUCGAGGAGGCGGACUCGACGGGGGUGGACAGGAUGCAAGCGAGUCGUCUGGCAGAUACUUCCGAUCAGAAGAGGGGUGUGCGCACCGGUGAACUUACCGAGCAAGAGCUGGCCCAGCUGAAGGCCGCGAAGAUUCCCAAAGGGAGGAAAUGGAAAUCUUCGGAUCGGCGCGAUCCAAAUCGGGAUGAUUCGGCCAAGGAGAAUGAGAGCGUGCUGACGAAGUUGACGCUGGACGUGUUUGGCGUGUUUGAGGUGGAAGACACUCCGGACUCGCCCGAGGGAUGUGACCGAAGUGGUUCCCCUCCGAGAAGAAGCCAAACAACACGAGGCGACGCGUCUACCGAGCAACCAGGGGAUGGUGCAUCCGUGCUAUUGUGAAAAUAUUCAGCAAGCUGGGCAACGUGCAGGCCUUUUGCAAAGAGUGCGACGAGAUAUUCGGCACCAAGGGCGCUCUCAACGAACACCAGCUCACGCACAGCGACGAAAAUCGACGUCACGUUGAAUAUGACCACGGUCUCCACCAGAAGUUGGCCGAAUAGGUUCAAUCAAAAACUGCCAAGCAUUAGAGGGUGUACGAUUUAACGCAAGUGAGUAAUUGUUGAAUAAAAAAUGUAUUAAAAAGUGUUAACAUCACCAAAGGGGUUCAUUGGGUGAAAUUAACGAUUGUAAAUUGAUCAAUACAGCA